AUGAACAAGCUCACCCAUGUCAAGCUCGCCACGAUGGACUUCCUGCACGAGCGCAAGCUCAGUGCCAUGGAGGUCCCGAGAAACAACCUCAAACUCAUGCAUCGACUGUCCCACGCCCUAUUGCAAGGGCUAGACUAUUGGAGGCUGCAGCCCCAAGAGGUGACCGGCGUACAGCGCGGGCACGACACCGUCUUCAACAUCGACUACGUGGCGAGCGUUGUCAAGUGCCUCUUGCCCGUGGCCGCGUGCGGCACCGUGGCCGACGGCGUCCACGGCUUUCGCCAACACCGCGAACCCCUCGCUUAUCAACACAGCGCACAACAAGAUCAAGGCUUUGUUGAAGCGGGCCAAUAG